CUAAUUUUUUUUUCUUCUGAUCUCCAAUGGCGCCCAACAACAGGAGCAGCAAGGGAACCCAUUUUCCUCUCAUGGGUUUCCUUCUCCUCUGCCUUCUCGCGCCCCUCAUUUUCUUCUUCGCAAGACCCAUUCACACUCAUCCCGAUCAAGAUGAUAUUCCAGCUGUUACAAGCACACAGGUUGCCAAAUGGAGAGAAUGGCAAGCAUUGCAGGACCUUAAAUCGCUUUUUUCAAAAGAGGUUCUUGAUGUUAUUGUGUCCAGCACAAAUGAUAUGGGGCCUUUGAGUCUUGAGAGUUUCAGGAAAAAUAAUAUGUCUGCUUCAUGGAGAGUUGUUGGGCUAAAGACUUCAAAUGCUGCCUAUCAGCCAAACCAAUCGGCAACACAUGUUAGACAAGAAAAACAAAAGGGGAAGGAAGGCAGAUCUUCAGUUGAUCGUGGGCAGUGGACUGAUAGCCCUGCACAGCUAUCCAGGAGGCAAUUAAUAGAGAAAAGGAAGGAAAAGCGUGCUGCUGAGUUGGUAAAACAGGAUGAAGAAGUAAUUGUAAAACUUGAAGAUUCAGCUAUUGAACACUCAAAAUCAGUCGAUUCAGCAGUUCUAGGUAAAUACAACAUUUGGAGGAAAGAAAAUGAGAAUGAAAAUCCUGAUGCUACAGUUCGGUUGAUGCGAGACCAAAUCAUUAUGGCUAAGGUAUACUUGAGUAUUGCAAAGAUGAAGAACAAGCUUCAACUGUACCAAGAACUGCAAUCUCGGCUUAGAGAUAGUCAACGUGCUUUAGGUGAGGCAACUUCUGAUGCUGACCUACAUCACGGUGAACAUGAAAAAAUCAAAGCUAUGGGCCAAGUUCUUUCUAGAGCAAAAGAGCAAUUGUAUGACUGCAAGUUGGUUACUGGGAAAUUGAGGGCAAUGCUACAAACAGCUGACGAGCAAGUUAGGGGCUUGAAGAAACAAAGCACAUUCCUUAGUCAGUUGGCUGCCAAGACCAUACCAAAUGGAAUUCAUUGCUUAUCGAUGCGGCUUACCAUAGAUUACUACCUCCUUCCUCUUGAAAAGAGAAAGUUCCCUAAGAGUGAGAAUUUAGAGAAUCCUAGUCUUUAUCAUUAUGCCCUGUUCUCAGACAAUGUCUUGGCUGCAUCUGUGGUUGUCAACUCAACAAUUGUGAAUGCAAAGGACCCUUCAAAGCAUGUGUUUCACCUUGUUACUGAUAAACUAAAUUUUGGAGCCAUGAACAUGUGGUUUUUGUUGAAUCCUCCUGGAAAAGCUACAAUCCAUGUUGAAAAUGUUGAUGAAUUUAAGUGGUUGAACUCAUCCUACUGCCCAGUCUUGAGGCAGCUUGAAUCUGCAACAAUGAAAGAGUAUUAUUUCAAGGCAGGCCAUCCAACCACUACUGGUGCUUCUAAUUUGAAGUACAGAAAUCCAAAAUAUCUGUCAAUGCUCAACCACCUGAGAUUCUAUCUUCCACAAGUAUAUCCAAAAUUGGAUAAGAUUCUUUUUCUCGAUGAUGACAUUGUUGUCCAGAAGGAUUUGACUGGAUUAUGGGCUGUGAAUCUUCAUGGAAAAGUAAAUGGUGCAGUUGAAACAUGUGGCGAGAGCUUUCACCGAUUUGACAAGUAUCUUAACUUUUCAAAUCCGCAUAUUGCAAAAAAUUUUGAUCCAAAUGCUUGUGGUUGGGCAUACGGAAUGAACAUGUUUGAUUUGAAGGAGUGGAAAAAGAAGGAUAUCACUGGCAUAUAUCACAAGUGGCAGAAUAUGAAUGAGGACAGGGUGCUGUGGAAGCUGGGAACAUUACCUCCAGGGCUAAUUACAUUCUAUGGAUUAACACACCCACUAAAUAAAUCAUGGCAUGUACUUGGUUUGGGUUACAAUCCAAGUGUAGAUCGUAAAGAGAUUGAAAAUGCAGCAGUGGUACACUACAAUGGUAAUAUGAAGCCAUGGUUAGAGAUAGCCAUGACAAAGUAUCGGUCUUACUGGACCAAAUAUGUCAAGUAUAAUCAUCCCUAUCUUCGGAACUGUAAGCUAAAUGAAUGAUCCUCAUAAUUAGGUCUUAAGUACAGAGAACACUCUUUCUCUCCAUAAUACCCUUACCCUCUCUCUCUUGCUUUCUAGCUUGGCAAUUUCAAGAGAAGUGCCUUGCCAGAAUGAUCAAUUGUCUAAGAAGUGAUAGGGUCAAUGCUUGUAUUGUAUUUACCUAUCAUUUCUUUCCCACGUCAUUCAUUUUUGCUUUUCGAUUCAUUUAAUUUGUUUACACCAUCCUCACUAACUUGAAACAAGGUAUAUAAGGAAAGCACCUUGUUUCCUAGAAAAUCUCUUCAUUGUACAAUACUCUGAUGCUAA